UCAUUUGCAUAUUUUGAUUUGUUUUACAAUCGUUUUAAAUACAGCUGUAAAUUGAAAUCUACAGCUGUAAAAUCAAUGUUGUUAUAUAAAAACUGCAGGUGUAAAUUUGAAAUAAUCAGGACUGUAAUUUUGAACAAAAAUACAGGUGUUUUACAGCUGUAAAAAUUUCGUACAGGUAGCCUUCCUCGGAUGUUUUCGUCACGUGAUUAUCACACACGUGUUGUAUAUACACAAAAUUAUAUCCCUUAUGUAUUAAUUAAAGGCAAGAAAACGAUCUAGACAGGUACAAAAUAAAUUAAAUUGAGUAUCUGCAAACCUGAAUUGCAGCUAAAAACAUUAUGUGAUCAGCGACUAUUUCAUUCAAUAAUUAUAGAGCGGGAGUAUAUUUUUAGAUUAUGUAAUUUCAUUAUAUUAAUCUCUAUUCUACAGCAGCAAAACUUCAAUGCACGUGUUAAUUCUCUACACGAAUUAUUGUUUCUUGUCGAUCUGCUCUUAAUAACUUGCAAUGAUUGAAGUAAAGACGCAUGAACUCAUAUUGGCAGGAUAUGAAUGUGUCGCAGGUGGCUGCAUUCUAGUGGUAACUGGAUUCCUUUGACAAUAACCUUGUGCCAGUCUCUUGCUAAGUCAAACGUCAACUAUAAGUGAGUUCCAUCUCUUGAAAUCAAGGAUCUAUUUUAACAAAUACUUUGAACAGACUUUGUCACGUGUCCCUUUGUCUUCGUGCAAAAUUUUUUUCUCGGUUAGAUUUUAAAUAAACAUUGGCUUUGUUGGGAACUCACUUACAGAAAAAUCGUUCUUGAGGUGAAAACUGGCAUUGCAUUUCAUCUUUAACGUUUUUUUUUUUUGAAAAUACCUAAAUGUUUUUAUUUUAUCAACAAUUGAAAACCUGUGUGGAAAUGACCUCAGCCAAGUCACAUUGAUACCCUGUAACAAUUGUCGUUGCGAUAUUGUAACAUGGUAUCGUUGAGACAUGGCUUACGUUUUAACAUACUUCUCCUUGUCUAUGUGGGCGUACGUGCUCAUUAAACUGAAAAAAAGACAAUGCACGGAAAAUAAAUAAACAAUUGUGCAGCAUGAACCGAAACUAAAUGAAAACGCCUACACUUCUCGUGACAAUUAGAAAUUAGCGGAAAAACCCUCAGAUUUUAUUUCUGUAACAUACGUUUUUAAAUUACCGGGCAUCAAAGUUACAGGACGGUGUAAAUGGAUAUUAUCCUUGCCUGGUAGAUCCCAUACAUAAGUACUGAGCACAAACUUGCUCUUGUAAAACUAUUCUAAAAAAUAAAGAACCAAACAUGCAUGUACAGAAUAUUUUUGAGGAAAGCAGUGUAAAAAGAAAACAGGUAAAGCCAAAUUUCAAAUUCUUAGCUUCCCAAAAGAGCAAGCCUCAGCACGCGGACAUACACAAGACUAGUACACACUAGUACAUAAACAGACAAAGCAAACACUUGAAGAAAAAAAACGAACUGAAACCACCGCUUGUACUAAAGCUAUGACCAGUGUGAAUAAUAGGACAUAUUGUCACGUUUCCGCUGUUUAUGGUUGGAAAAGAAUCCCAGGUGCUCCUCUAAGCGUUAUUUCGGUGGGCAUCUUCUUAAAACUACAGAAAUUUUACAAGCCAUUUGGAUGGCUUCUUAACAUGGAAUGAUUGUACGCCCAAAGGGAUGUUGCCGAGCCACGGCCUUGAGGGGUUUUGCUUUCGAAAUGUUUUUCAUACAUUUAUAUAUUCCAAACAUUUCAUUGCAUUUUUGAAUCAUAAAAUUAACAAAUUCAAAAGAAGGCAGGUUUGAUUAUGUUGAAAGUUUGAUAUUUUAAGCUUAAAUUGCUAAACAAUUUCUACAUUUUUAAGAUAAUGAAGAAGACAUUACAUGAAAACAUGUCCGGGUUGUUCGUAAAUGAAGCACACUGUUGACGUCAGCCGAUGAAAAACUUGUUACGUCAUGUUUUGAUUUGUGUUACUGGUAGCAUUAUUAUGAGGAGAACAGAUAUUAAAAUGCAUGUUACGUAAGGAUUUCGCUAGUGUGAUACGAGUCAUAGAUUUAAUUUAGGCAAACGUAUUUACUUUAAAAGAUAUGUUAAAAUAAUUUUACAUACUACACAUGUUUACUUUUAGUUAAAAUAAAUAAAGGUUAUAUAUAUAUAGUGUAUGUGCCAUAUAAUAUCUUUUCUCUCAAUAACAUUUUCUAUCAUUUUCAGUACUGUGAAAGUUUUCUUACCGUAUGCAGAUGUUGGUGAAAAUGUAACACGAAAAGGAACUUAGCACAUUUCCACUGUAUAAACAAGAAUUGAAAACCAUAGGCAUUAACGUUGCGAAACAUUUCUGGUUCAAACAUUUGUAGAUCUACAUUGAGCACGCUUAGAGUUCUUUUGCGGAUUCAUGCUCAUGUGAAAAUGGAGAAUUUAAGAGAAACUGUAAAUACAAACGUAUCACUGACGGCAAAUUUAACAAAUGUCACAACCCUGUCAAGUGAUAACUUAUCAUACAUUAAUGAGAUAUCCACUACAGCCUAUGCAAUAGUAACCAAGACAGCCCCUUUAGGACAAACAACUUUGGGGUCAACGUAUGAGCCUGACAACGGCGGCGAAAAUUUCUAUAAUGACAUGAACUAUUCUUUCGAUUUGGACUAUGACAGCGAGUACAUAUAUCCUGGGUACGACGGAUACAUGUAUCCUGGAUACUCAUUUGAAAGACCAGUGUACUUGUUUAUUUGGGAAAUACUGGUCAUUUUCGUUUUCCUUGUGAACGUCAUCGUUAUAUCUAUAUUGCUGCGCAGAAAAAUGCGCAAUGCAACACACAUGAUUCUCGUUGCUAUUGCAAUUUCUGAUUCAUUGACUGGACUUGUCACUUUGCCGAGUUACAUCAUGGUAUAUCAGAGAUAUGUGCCACUUUCAGACUAUAGUGAUUAUGUUCAUGAAAAUGCCAACCUGUCAGCUGAAUUGAACCAAACAUACUACGAUAGUUCUGCUUACUAUCAAGCAAACGCCGCCACUGAUGGAUACGAUCUUUCAAAGAGUCUAUGUCGUGGAUAUAUGAUCUCGAAGUAUUUCUUGUCCAAGUCAUUUCAUACGGUAUCAAUAUUCCUUACGUUAUUCCUUGGCAUUCAGAGAUACGUGUCUGUCGCGUUCCCCUUCAAGUCGAAGCGCUUAUUUUGUCACAAGAAAACAUUUAUAUUAUGCGUGGUUAUUUUCGUUUUAUCUCCAGCUCUCCAUUUGUACCAUCUAGGAAAUGAGAAGGCAGAAGACGGAGUUUGUCAGUGGCAAUUGAAAGAGCGUGGUUGCGGAGGUGGUUGUAUUCACCUGUGGUUUGUAUUUCUAAUAGGUCAUCUCAUACCAUGCGCCGCCCUCCUGAUCUUCACGGGACUAUUUAUCCGACAGUUACAUCUGGGUGAACGGAAUCUACCUAGAAUAACGAACAAUGCGUCACAACUGUCUCGGCGGAUAGAGGAAAAUCGCCGCAUGUUUAUAAUUGUAACAGCAGUAGUCAUUGUGUUUCUGAUACCGGAAAUGCCUUAUUGUGUUUUCCUGCUGUAUAACGCUGUAGACAAAAGUGUAAAUAAAGGUAGAAACAUCGAAUUGGAAACUAACAGAGCGAUCCACAUGUCAUACGAGUUAUUACUUGUAAUUUCGUUCCAUGCAAAUUUCUACAUAUAUACAUUUUUGAAUACGAGAUUUCGCGCCUGUCUUUACAGGUCGUUUGUCAAGCCUGUACAGAGAGUGGUCGGGAAUUUCAGAAAGCUAUCAAAUUUAAGAUCUUCUUCAACGUCUGGCGUAACAACUCGAAAACAGGAUUGUGUUAGUUCCAAACAUGAACAAGAGUUACAUUGCAAACAAUCGGUAAAAGAGAAUAAGGCUGGUGUGGUAGAAACCAAAUUUUCAGUUGAAAUUCCCCAGAGUUCGCACCCAGGUGAUGGUGAACUUGAAGAGUUAAAUGAAGAAAAUAAGUAAUACAUAUGAAAUUACAUUUACAUUUUUAUGAUUUGUGCAAAUGACUAUUUAGAUAACCGGAAUUGACUUAUCAUUAUGUGUCUGGUGAAUGAAAGGUAAAUUGCCUUUGUGUCAAGCUGAAAUAUAUAUUUUUUGUUUAAUUUGUUUGAUAUCUAUUGUAAUGCUAUAACAUAACGACUUUUAGAACCAUCUAAAUACAAAGUGGCUGCCAACGUGGUAUCUUUACUUGAUCUUGAUUUAGAACAGUUAAGCGAGGAAUGCAUGAAGUGAAUAAUUGAUCAUUUUAUAUUUACCGGCUCGGAUCCUGCACAUAAUUCUUGGAAUAUGUAACGAUAUCAUAUAUAAUAUGUUUGUGUAUGAAGCCGUCAUUUAAAUUGGAAUUGUGUAUUAAAAGCUAGCAUUUGUAAAUGUCCCGGAAACAAGAGUGCGGCUGCAAAAUCCAUAAUUCUAUCUUUAUCCCAUGCCGCGUUUCACUGUAGAAUUUUCCAAAGCGGUACCUUCUCCAACCAGUGCAACUUUGAUAGUUUUCAGGGCUUGUGCUGUGAUUAAGUCUGAUUUAGAAGGAACAAAUAACAGAAAUAUGUACGUAGAAGAAAACGUCCUACUUAAAACAUUUUUCUGGCAAGCCUGGUCGGGCAUGAUUUGGUAACGGAAAGCUGGUUGUUGCGAAACAGGUUUAGCUGUAGCAAUGUUUUUUAUACCAGCGAUUACCUUAUCGUACAUACGGUAUGAAAUAUAACAAUUAUACAUGAUAAACUAUAUUGAUGUAUUUUAAUUCUUAGACAGACAACUUCAGUCAAUGAUUGGGAAAAGAGCUUAAUUUACAGUAUAUGAAACAAUUGCAAACAUCUUCGUUCAUUGAGCUAUAAUGUAAUUAUUGAAUUGAUUUUGUAUAUGUCGCUUACAAAUAAAGUAUGUACUUGAAAUUCUC